CCACUGCACCGCGCGUUUCUCUCUCAGUCUCCUCCCUUCUUCCGGUCCUUCUGUCCUUCCCCCUCUCGCACAACACAAUGCUGGCUCGGCAUAUUGCGAGCUUACAGUAUCGCCCUCCUGUUGUUAUCCUCCCGCGCUGACGACGCACGUCGCCCUUACCUACCGUAUAACGGGGCCACACCGCCGCCGCUACACGACAUCGCCAUCACCUAUAGAAGGAAUCUUCACAUCCUUUCACACGUCAAAUACGACCGAAACAACGAAGCCGCUGCUCUGGAUUGCAUACAACAUCAGCAUCUACAGCUAUAGCAACGACUUUUAUCCUUACCGAAUCUAUAUCCUUUUACUAUAGAUUGAUCGAAAAUACCCCCGUCCACCACCGGUGUCGCAUCAAAGCUUGCCCACCAUGGCGCGUAAACAAACCCCGAUCAUGUCGAUGGAGGCCAUGUUAGAUGAGGAGCGGAAAGAAGUUCUUGCCUUGCUGGAAGGACCCAACGGACAGGGAUCGCGUUCUCGAGCUGGAAGUAUGUUCCAAGACCGCUCACCCUCACCCUUCACGACGCCACGGACUUCCGUGCGCAGCAUGCUAGAUAUUGCCCCGGUACGAAGUAUGCUCGACAUCGCCCCUGGCCCGGCAAAACCCGUCCGCAGUAUGCUCGACAUCCCGGCCGCCACCAGCUCCAGGACGCCACUCAGCAAUCCUAACUCGCCUAUAGAACCCAAAUCCUACAAGGGCCCGCAUCCACGCAGCUUGUCGGAUGCAGGAAUCAAGCCGGUCGAGUUUGGCCCCAGGGCCUCGGCGCGGUCGAACCCGAUGAACAGCUACCAGUUCGGCGACAUUAUCACCAACCCCAACCACACCGGUCAGGCCCUUCCCAAGCGAGUCACACAGGGCGGAAAGCGCCAGAGUUCGUCAAUGGUUGAGGUUAUGAAGAGCAACGACGUCAGCAAUCUGGUCCUUCCCAGCGAGAGGGGACGUCACACCUCGCUCCCUGGCCCCGGUGUCUCGACAGCGCGACCCUCGAAUAAGUCCAAAUCCAAGUCCCCACAUGGUCGCUCCGGCAUGCGUUCCAAGUCGCCCCACGAGUUGUUGGCCGAGCGACAACUUAGCCCUGCCGGACGUGCCUUGCUCGACGAAGCUUUGGAUUACAAGAUGAAUACCGCGUACAGACACCUAUCGGAUGCGGCUCUUGUCAGGUCGGGGGGUAACCUGGCAGAAGUGACACUACGAAAAAAGUCGGACGAUGCGCCUGGAAGUGGGAGAUUGGUUAAGGACUAUAUGGGCCCGGAUGGGGAACCUUUGGUGGAAGAUAGUAGUGAAGACAAUGAGAGUUCGUCCGAAGGCGAGUUAGACAGGGGCAGGAAAGCCGCUCGGAAUACCACUGAAACCAAGGCAAAGCAAGCUCCAGAGCUUGCGCAAGGAAACAGGCAGGUUAAGAGCUUAUUGGCUGCGGCAGAGGAAGAACGCAUUCAGGUGGAAAAGCAACAGCCUCAGUACACAUACCGAUCCCUUCUUGAUGAACCCGCAAUCACGGUAACCGGACCGUCAGGGCGAACCCGCAAGCCUGGAGUGCACCCUGCGACGAGCUUUGACCUCCCGUCAUCCGGAUCACGCACCCCUAUGGAUUCCGACACUGAGGCGGAUCUUACCGAUAUCAAGCGCGCCCAGAAGCUGUCGUUCGCGGUGACCCAAAUCAUCAGCCAGCCCGAGGUGCACCGAACCAUCCAAAUCAUUACGCGUGGCGAUUACUCCCAGCUGGUUCAGGAGACGCAGGACGAGCACAAUCAGCCACGCAAAUAUCUGGUCGCCACCGACCUUAGUGAGGAGUCGACACACGCUCUGGAAUGGGCUAUCGGCACAGUUCUCAGAGACGGGGACACCCUCAUAGCUAUUUACUGUGUGGACGAAGAAACAGGCAUUCUCGGCGCCGACGGCAACUCGCUCGCAGCAAGCAUGGUCCCCGACGACGCCAAGGCCAUGAGAGAGACAGCCACAGCGCUCGACAGAAUGGCCAAUAGCAAGAGCGCCAUACAAAACGGAGGAGGCGCGGGCAGCCUCUCUCCCUUGGCAGCAACGAGCAUGGAGGCAUCGGGCAUGCUAUCAACAGGCAACAGCUCAUCGGCUAUUGGCGAGGAUCCAUCGCCGACACCGUCGCACUCGAGCCGGGAGCGCAGCAGGGCCGAGGAGGAGAGAUACCGCGCGGUUCAGGAGAUUAGUGAUCGAGUGACCAAGCUGUUGCGCAAGACGAGGUUGCAGGUGCGGGUGAUUGUGGAGGUGUUGCAUUGCAAGAACCCAAAGCAUCUGAUUACGGAGGUGAUUGAUCAUGUGAACCCGACGCUGGUGAUUUUGGGGAGCAGAGGAAGGAGUGCGCUCAAGGGUGUCAUCCUCGGCUCCUUCUCCAACUACCUCGUCACCAAGAGCUCAGUCCCUGUCAUGGUGGCCAGGAAACGCCUCAGGAAGCAGAGCAAGUACAAGAGGCUACCAGCGACGCACCAGGUCAAUAACAUCAAUAACCCGACGGCGAGGAGCUUGGCCAGCGCAAAGAUUGAUUAGAAACAAUCGGCGCCUCGUCCUACGGGAUGGAGGAAUUGAGCUGAGUUGCAUUGGGGCUUUUUUUUCCUUGGUAGAUGGACUGCUUCGUUGGUAGAUGAGCUGUCUCGGAUAGCAAAGAACGGUGGUUAUAUGGUUAAGGACGGUAACGCGUGGUGGAUGUAAUGGAGUCAGUUAUUUAACUCAACUCUUACGACGGUUUCAAUCAAACGGGAAACCCAGGAAGGAAAAGGAAUAAUAAAAGUAAGCGUAGGAUCAAUUAC